AUGAACGAAAAUUUAUUUACCCCAUUCAUAGUCCCAACAUUCCUAGGCUUACCCGCUGUAGUCCCUAUUAUUCUAUUUCCUACAUUACUGUUUCCAACCUCCAAGCACCUUAUUACUAAUCGACUAAUUAUUAUCCAGCGAAAUCUAGUCCAACUAAUUAUAAAACAAAUGAUAACUAUUCAUAGUACCAAGGGACAAACCUGAUCCCUAAUACUCAUAUCCCUAAUUAUUUUUAUUGCUGCAACAAAUCUUCUAGGACUCUUACCCCACUCAUUUACCCCCACCACUCAACUGUCCAUAAAUCUAGCUAUAGCAAUUCCUCUGUGAGCAGGUACAGUAAUUACAGGUCUUCGCUUCAAAACCAAAAACUCCUUAGCUCACUUUUUACCACAAGGCACACCCACACCUCUUAUUCCCAUAUUAGUAGUUAUCGAAACUAUUAGCUUAUUUAUUCAACCAGUAGCCCUAGCCGUACGCCUAACCGCCAACAUCACAGCAGGGCAUCUGCUAAUACACCUAAUCGGAAGUGCCACACUAGCACUAUUAACUGCUAGUUUCCUUGCAACCUCACUAACCUUAGUGCUCCUAGUAUUAUUAACAAUCCUAGAAAUAGCAGUUGCCCUAAUCCAGGCCUACGUUUUUACACUCUUAGUAAGCCUUUAUCUACAUGAUAAUACCUAA